CACUGACAUGGUCAACAUGAGCGUUUCCUCAUUUCAGUACUAGUGCGUCCGCAGUGAGCGGAGCUCUGGAGGAAAUAACCUACCGUCCGUCAAACAGACACCACGCAGCUUCAUGACGGAUCUAUGUCAGGUGUGGAUCUAAUGCUAACUCCAGAAUGAGCACUAUAGAAUAGCCCAUAGCUUUCCUUUGGACAUUGAAAGAGAGAAGACACUGAAGAGACAGAGAGACAGCACCAUGGCCGUAUUCAAGCUGGAUAAUGUUGAAGACCUUUAUGAGAUUGGAAAUAUUUUGGGAAGUGGUCAUUUCGGGCAGGUGCGUGAGGUGCGGGAACGGGCCACUGGUGUUCUGUGGGCCGGGAAGUUCCUCAAGCUGAAGAAAGGUGCAGGAAGCAGGCUGGGCCUGGAGAGGAAGAGUGUGGAGAAGGAGGUGGAGAUCCUACAGAGCCUUCAGCAUCAAAACAUCAUGGCUCUCAAAGAUGUUUUUGAGAGCAGGGCAGAGGUGGUCCUCAUCGUUGAGCUCAUAAAGGGUGGCGAGCUCUUUGAUUUCAUCGCUGAGAAAGAAAACCUCACCGAGACGGAAGCCAUUGAGUUCAUGAAGCAGAUUCUGGAAGGUGUCAGCUACAUGCACCUAAAAAACGUUGCCCAUUUUGACCUGAAGCCGGAAAAUAUCAUGUUGUUGGACAAGCUCGCUCCCAAUCCAGACAUCAAGAUCAUUGAUUUCGGCAUGGCCCAUCACUUCAAUCAAGGAGAAGAGUAUAAGAGUUUAGGUGGAACCCCUCAGUAUAUUGCCCCUGAGAUUAUCAAUUACGAGCCUCUCAGUACAGCAGCAGAUAUGUGGAGCAUUGGUGUCAUUACCUACAUUCUUUUGAGCGGCCUGUCACCGUUCCAAGGCGAGACGGAUGAAGAGACGCUGAGGAACAUCGUGGCAAUGAACUACGAGUUUGAGCCUAGCUACUUCAGCCAAACCACCAACAUGGCUAAAGACUUCAUCCAGAAACUGCUAGUUAAAGAACAGAGUGAAAGAAUGACAGCAGAAGAGUGUCUUGUUCACCCCUGGAUUAAGCCUCUCAAUAGAACUCAAAUAGCCAAGAGGAACCGCUCCUCCAUCAACAUGAAGAACUUUAAGAAAUUCAACGCGAGGAGGAAAUGGAAGAUGUCGUUUAACAUGGUUUCGGCUUGUAAUCGGUUUUGUCGACUGCAGUUACUGUGUAAGGCCCACGGUCCGGAGCAACAAGAACUGAGAGACUGUGAGAGUGAUCAAGAGGACACAGGCACAAAACCUGCUUCUCUCUUACGCAGACGUCUGAGUAGCAGUUCAUAAAUGUUAUCGGUAGAGGGAGUCACAAACCACAAGCAUCUCCCUGUAACGAAGCAGCAGCGCUCAUUCAACCUGCAGUACUUUGUACUGCUAACAGGGGGAGAAACAAGCCGCAAUCCACAGGCUUUCUUUCCCUAUUCAAAGGCCUUGAACCUCAGUGCAUGCAAUUACCCAACCACCAGCUGCGUAUCCAGUUACAGUGGAUGACCACAUCUGAAAGAGGAAUGGGGCCAAGAGAUCAUUGUGGUUUCUAUGCUAAUAUGCAAGUGUGUUCAUCGAGUUCUACCUCUGAUAGUAUGAGUGUGAUGCUUCUACCUGAAGUACUGUUGACAGGAUCUUGAAGGAUGUUCCUACAACAUUUCCUUAAACAAAUAGUUUUUUUUUCCUCCGGUCAUAUUUCAGUAGGAUAUAUACAUGCUAUAUACACUACUGUUCAAAAGUUUGGGCAGGCUUUUCUUUUAAAGAAAUUAAUACUUUUAUUCAGCAAGGAUGCAUCAGAUUCAGAAUUGAUAGUAAGGACAUUUCUAUUGUAACAAAAGUCUAUUUAAAAUGAAUGCAAUUCUUUCUACAAAAAUAGUACACAACUGUUUUCAAUAUUCAAUAUUGAUGUUUAAUGAGCAACAAAUCAGCAUAUUAGAAUAAAUUCUGAAGGACCAUGUGACAAUGAAGCGUGGAGUAAUGGAUGAUGAAAGAUUAGAGAAAUUAAAACAUUUUACCAACCCUAAAGUUUUUAAACAGUAUUGUUUAAGCUAGUGCUGGGCAACGCUUAAUCACAUCCAAAAUAAACAUUUUUGUGUUCAUAAUAUAUGUGUGCAUACUGUGUAUAUUUAUUAUGUAUAUAUAAAUACACACAGGCAUGUAUAUAGUUAAGAAAAAUUUUUGAUUAUAUGUUAAAUAUAUUUAUAUACAAUAGAAAUUAUUUGAAUAUAAAUAUAUACAUGUAAAUACAUUUUCUAAAUAUAUACUGUAUGUGUCUUUAUAUAAUAUACGUAAUAAUUAUACAGUACACACAGAUAUGUUAUAUAAAAACUUUUAAUUUUAAUGUGAUUAAUCAUUGCUCAACACUAGUUUGAAUAAAAAGUGUAUUCUAAUAUAUUAAAGCCCUGUUUAUACUUGGUACUAACAUCUAGCUCAAAAACAUUUUAGCAGUUUGUAAUGAGAGUUCAAAGGAAGGUCUCUGACAAUAUGCAUCACUUUGUUAGUUAGAAAUGUUCAAAUGCAGAUUAUUUAGAAAUACACUGAGUAUGCAGUCUUUUUACAUUACACUACAGAUGCAACAUGGUCACAUGCAUUUCUGACUACCUCUGAAUGUGUUUUGAGUCAACCGAUCAUGAAACAUUUUGAACCCCAUUUAGUACUGACAACAUGUGAUUAAAUCAGCCGAGACGGAUCUUAAAACCAGGUGUAAACAGGGGUCAUAGUUGAAUGUACUAAAAGGAAAACAAGCAAGCCAAAUUAUAAGGGAGGGCUUUCGGGCUGAUGCCUUAAAAUACAUAUUUUCUCAAAAACUGAUCUAGACCAAUACAUUUUCUGUCCUAAAUUAGACUUCCAGAGACCAAACCUUAUUCCCUUUAUUGAUACCAUAGUGAGAUUGCAUCUAUCUCUGUAUCUCUAAAUAAUAGUUGAAAAUAUUAAAAGAGUGCACGUUUAAUAUCUAGUAUCCAUCUUCUUCAUUAUGGACAUCUCUGAACAUCAAUGGUAUGCAUUUAUGACAGAUAUAUAUACGGCUGUUAUAAAUCGUGUUUGACAUGUAAAGCAGUUAACUGUUUUACAACGUAUUGACUUUCCUCAUCGAGUUUAAUCAACAGAGAUUUAAUGUGAAGAGACACUUUAAAUGUACUUGAAUGGUGUCAUGCAGUGUUGAGCUUUAUGAAAUACUGCGUCAAUUAUUCUAGACACUAAUUGUUGCCUUUACUUUCAGAGUUUCAAGAAACUAUAUAUAGUUAAAUGAGUCUUUUUCAAAGUAUACUGGUCUUCCUUUUAGAUUUAAAGUCACUGCUUAGUCUUCCAUUAUUCAAACAUUACAACAUUUUACACUCUGGCCUAUAGAACUUGUAAUAUGAAUAUCGCACAGAUUAAUAAUAUAUAUCAUUGUCAUGAUAUAUUUUGUAAACUAUACCUGACUUGCAAGAAUGUUGCUGUGUCUUCAGUUAUGUAACAUUUGCCUGAGGGUUGUAAUUCCUUUAAUAUGAUGUAGGUCUAUCGCAAUUUAAUGUAUCAUAUAUGUCAACAGACCACUUUUUGUAUCAGUACCAUUUGUUGUUGUUUUUUAUGUUUAUUAGUUUUUUUAAAAUGCAGCAUUUCAGAUUAGUGAGUGAGAUGUCUUCUGAACAAGUCUGUUUAUCAAGUCGUCUUAUGCAGUAUUUGUGUGUUUCAUUUGCGUCUGUGUAUUUGUGAACAAUGAUUUGGUGCAUACUUGUUUUUUUAUAUUAUUUGAAACUAUUACUAUAUACUAUUGUCUUAGUUACGAUAAGAAAAUAAACAAUUUGGUGCAUGCAGUUUUUCCUAUACAGUUUGUUAGUUUAAUGCAUGCCCUUGGUUUGUUUGAUACUGCUUGGUGUAAAUUAAAAGCAGUUUGUCCUUUAAA